GUGCAGACAAACUGUUCGUGAAAUUCUUCAAAAAGGAAACAUCUGAAACAUAUUAUUCUCAAAGAGAGCGAGAGAGAGAUGGUGACUGCAAACUUAGUGUCAGAAGAAGAUGUGGCUGCGCUGACAUUAGUAGAGUAUAGCAAAGAUCCUAGAAAAAUAUUCAAGGAGGUAACCAGAAGUUUAACACCAGAAGAAGAGAAAGAAGCUGAGCAUGAGGUUGUGUUGGCACUGAUACAGCUAAGCCAAACUCAUCCAAUACAACGCAGCAAGAGGGUGAAAGCUGAUAAAAGUCAGCCUGAAGAGAUGGAAGUUGCUGAUCAAGCUAUGAAGCCGAAGAAGAGGCAACCUAUGAAGAAAGAUGAUUCUGAAGAAACCCUAACUCUUCUGCUCAACUGGAACAAAACUAAACUAGCAAAGCCUCCCUUUCUCGAUGACUUGGUAGGGGACGUUUGCAGCGAACCAAUAAGGAAGCAGUUGAUGGGAAGCGACGUGAAGGAAGAUCAACGCAGGCUCGUGUUAGGGAAGGCGCAAGUGGAGAAGAUGGUGCAGCACGUUAUGGGAAAGUCAAAAAAAGUUGGGACCAAAGGGCUUGAGGUUUCAGUAUACGGACCAGACGGGAAGGUUGGCAAGAUGAAGUUCAAGAUGUGGGGUGUGAACACGCCUGUGUUAAUGGGUAUUGGAUGGAAGGAUUUUGUGAAUGAAUAUGACCUCCGUAAGCAUUGUGAUUUUGUCACCAUAUGGAUGUUUAGGCAUAGAAACAGUGAUGAGAUAUGCUUCGCUAUUGACAAGACUAGGCAUCAUAGUAUAACUAGACAGCUGAGAAAGAGGAUCUCGGAAGCUGUCUUCAAGAAUACAAAAUAGGGGGUUUUGUUGAUUUGCUGUGUUUAUGGGCUUGUGUAUGUUCACUAAAGUAGUGUUUUAGGGGUUUUCG